AUGGCUUCGCUCGUUCCCCUUCCGAGGCCAGCACACCUUCGCCACCAGUCGGCCGCCCACUCGUCGCACUCGCACUCGCACGACCCAAAUGACGACCCGUCGCAGCACCCGCCCCUGGUAUCGCCUCUUCUCCAGCCGCUCAGCCCGGACGAGGUCGCGACCAUCACGCUCGUUGGCGCCGAGGACUCGCGCCACUGGUCGCCCGCCCGCAAGUGGCUCACGACUUCCGUCAUCUCGCUCAUGGGCUUCGUCUCCCCGCUCGGCUCAUCGAUCCUCGUCCCCGGCAGCAAGUACCUCGACUUCGACUUUGACCUGGCCUCGCGCGUCGUCGCCAUCCUCCCCGUGUCCUUCUUCGUCCUCGGCCUCGGCGUGGGCCCUUUUAUCCUGGCGCCCAUCUCCGAGCUCAAGGGCCGCCUGCCAGUCUACACCAGCACGAGCUUGCUCUUCAUUAUUUUCAACCUCGCAUCCUCCUUCAGCCAGACCUACGUCACCCUCAACAUCCUGCGCUUCCUGGCGGGCGCGGCGGGCAGUGCUGGCCCAAGUCUGGGUGCUGGCAGCAUCGGCGACAUGUUUGAGCCCCGCGAGCGCGGCCGUGCCCAGGCCAUCUACGGUCUCGGCCCGCUGCUCGGGCCCGUGCUGGGCAACGUCAUCGGCGGCUUCAUCGCCCAGGGCGACCGCGACUGGCGCUGGCUCCUCUUCACGCUGACCAUCAUGUCGCUCGGCGUGUUUGUCGCCAUCGUCCUGUUCCUCAAGGAGACCUACGCGCCCAUCCUGCUGCGCAAGAAGCGCGAGAGAGCCAUCGCCGACCGUCUCGAGCUCAUCCGGCAACAGCAGCAGCAGCAGCAGCAGCAGCGAUCGACGACGCACGUGCAGCAAGCGGAGCCACCUCGGAGGCCAUCGCCGUCCCAGCGGCUGGUACAGUGGGCCAAGAGGCUCUACCCGAGCGCCGAGGCCAAGGCCAAGAUCAAGCAGGCCCAGUCGCGUCCCUUCCGGCUGCUCUUCACCAACCCCAUCUGUGCCAUCUUCUCCCUCUACCUCGGCUUCUGCUACGGCAUCGUCUUUCUCUUUCUGACGCAGCACCCGCUCCUCUUCCAAGAACGCGACGCUGACGAAGACCUGCCCACCGAUGCCGAGCUACCCACCUACAGCUGGACGCUCGGCGUCUCGGGCCUGUCCUACCUCGGGCUCGGUCUGGGAUUCCUGGCCAGCGCCCUGACCAACGUGCUGGUGCAGGACAACCUCUACCGGCGGCUGGUCCAGACCGACGGCAAGAUCUGCAAGCUGCUGCUCAAGGACGCCGACGAGAUUGAGCGGAUCAUGGCGGCGCGAAAGGGGCAGCAGCAGCAGCACCAGCUCGACGACCAGCAAGGGCAAGGGCAGCACCCGUCCAAGGACGUCGAUCUCGAAAAGCAGAAGAGCAUCGAGCCGGUCGCACCCGGCCCUGACAGCCACACUGCCGCCCCCGCCCCCGCCGUCGUGACGGAAAAGACGGUCACGGGCACGGCCACUGGCACGGGCGACGCCACGCCAGCCGAGUCCUGCGGCAGCGAUGGCGGCGGCGACCGCGACCGCAACGACGACGGCGACGACGACGACGGAGCGGACGACGAGGAUGCGGUCAGGCCGAUGCCGAAGCAGGACGAAAACGACCCCGCAGCCACGGUGGCGUCAUGGGGCGUGGUCCCGGAUCCGGCGGCCACAUCCAGCAAGCUAACGCCGACCGUCUCGGCCGAGGGCGACGACGCCAUCAAGGCCAAGGCGACCGGCACGGCAGACAAAACGGGUCCGGCAUCAGCAGCAGCAGCAGCGACGGUGGCGGCGACAGGACCGCCUGGGUCCCUCGCGACCGCUGCCGCCGCCACAUCCUCGCCGACACCGAAAAAGGGCCGGCCCGAGUACCGCCUGCCGCUGUGCUUUGUCGGGAUGCUCAUCCUGCCCUGCGGCCUGUUUUGCUUUGGCUGGUCGGCCGAGAGCGAGGCGCACUGGCUGGUGCCGCUGCUCGGCAGCUUCCUGGUCGGCUACGCCACGAUCCUGUGCUUCCAGACGAUCCUCGUGUACCUGGUCGACGCCUUUGUGCCCUACUCGGCGUCGGCCACGGCGUGCGCGGUGCUGGUGCGCAGCCUCCUCGCCGCCAUCUUCCCGCUGCUGGGCGAGGUGAUGCUCGAGGGCAUCGGCUACGGCUGGACGUCGUCGCUCCUCGCCUUUGUGGCGCUGGCGGGCGCGCCCGUGCCCGUGGUGCUGUUCCGGUACGGCGAGAGGAUCCGCACGCGGCACAAGUUCGCCGGCUAG